AUGCCCAAGGCUGAGGUUGGCUCGACCAAACACCUGAGCAACAAGCUCAAGUCAAAGGGCCUGCAGCGCCUCCGAUGGUACUGCCAGGUGUGCGAGAAGCAAUGCCGCGAUGCGAACGGCUUCAAGAUGCACACGCAGUCCGAGUCGCACGUGCGGCAGAUGCUCGUCGUCGGCGAGGAUCCGCGCAAGUUCAUCAACGACUUCAGCAACCAGUUCCAGCGCGACUUCCUGACGCUUCUACGGACGGGCCACGGCGAAAAGGAGGUGCAGAUCAACAGGUUCUACCAGGAAUACAUUGCGAACAAGGAGCACGUGCACAUGAACUCGACAAAGUGGCCGAGCUUGACCGAGUUUGCGAAACAUCUGGGUAGAGAGGGCAUCUGUCGCGUGGAGGAGAAUGAAAAGGGCAUCCACAUUGCCUGGAUCGACAACUCACCCGAAGCGCUACGCAGACGAAACGCGCUCAAGAGGAAGGAGGCGGAGGAUCAGGGCAAUGAGGAAGUCGAGCAGCGCAUGAUUCGCGAGCAGAUCAAGAGGGCGCAGGCCAAUGCACGACACGACAAGGAGGAGGAGCGCGAUGCUGCCGAGCGCGAGCUGAAGAGACAGGAGGGCGAGAAGAUUACACUCUCCUUUGGUGGCGGCGCAAAGUCGACCCCCAAAGCCGAGUCCAGCAACCCCACAGUCGAAGAACGCACGCCAGAAGCAUCCGGCCAGAUUUCGCCCCCGAAAGAACAGAAACAACCACAGCAAGAAGAGGACAGGGCGCCUGCUCAACCUGCAGGGUUCGGCGGAGUGUCGUUGAAACUGGGAGGGAAGCCACAGACUAAGAAUGUGUUUGCGCAAGCAAAGAAGAAUGCUCUGUCCGGGGGCAAGAAGGGCGGUUUCAUCGACCAGCCCAAGAAGAUGAGCGAGGCAGAGCGGAUAAUGAAGGAGGAGAUGGAACGGAAACGCUCAAGAGGGUCCGGGGGGUUCAGCAUGCCUGUGCCCAAGAAGCAAAAGUCAUCAUAG